AUGGUGAGUCAUGCCAUCCAGUUCUUGUGUGCUGUUGCAGAGAGAGAUCACAGCAAAGGUCUUUUUGAAAAUGAGCAAGUUCUGUCAGGGAUAUGUGAAAAAGUGAUUCUCCCAAACAUGCAUUUGAGACUUGUGAUGAGGAGUUGUUUGAGGAUAGUCCUGACCAGUGGGUGGUCGCAGGAAUUAGAAGGACCCGAUUCAGAGACUCGAAGGAGAGCUGCUGUUGACUUUGUCAGAGUGCUGUCAAGACACUUGAAGCUAGAAUGGGCACAGGUGUUUUGGGGAGUAUGUCCAGUCCAUGUUGCCACAUAUGGAGAGAAACAAACGAGUGUGGAGAAAAAAAGUAGCUGCUAUUUACCUUGUGACAAACCCCUUUCGGCCAAGGGACAUACUGCUCGUCAUGGAGCCACUCAGAUUAAUGAGUUGGUUAACAUCACAGAAUUCUAUCAAAAUCACAUCCUUCCAGAGUUACAGAAUCAAGAUGUCAACCGUCUACCAGUGCUGAAAGCUGAGGCCAUCAAAUAUGUCAUCAGCUUUCGCAGUGCUCUUCCCUUUGAUGCUGUCAAAUUGUGCAUCCCAGAUCUUGCCCGUCUCAUAACGGCCCAGUCACCUGUUGUGCACACCUAUGCAGCAGCAGCCAUUGACAAGAUCUUCCUUCUCAGGCUGAAUAAUCAGCCCCUGGUACAAAAGAAUGAUGUUUCACCCUCAGCUGCAGCUUACACAAACCUCCUUGGAGCACUGACUAUACAGGGUUCAGAACAGAAUGAGUAUGUAAUGAAAGCCAUGAUGAGAGUGACAAGCAUCAUCGGGGAUUUAAUGCAACAUGCUGGUCUUGUAGUACCUCAGCUUGUUGUCAAGUUGCAACAAGUUGCAAAGAAUCCCACAAAACCACAUUACGUCCAUUUAUUUGAGACUUUGUCUCUGGUCAUCAAAACUGUCUGUAAUUCUGUGGAUGGUGCUGUAGGAGAGUUUGACAGGAACCUCUUCCCAGUCUUCCAGGAAAUCUUGCAGAAUGAGAUUGAUAGCCUUAUCCCUUAUAUAUUUCAGAUAAUUUCUCUCUUACUGGAGAGACAAAAAGCUGAAGUUCCAGAGGCUUACCUAUCAUUGUUGCCUUUCUUAGUAAUGCCAGUGUUAUGGGAGAGACCAGGCUAUGUGGUGCCCAUGGUGAGGCUGUUACAAGCAUACAUUGAAAAGGCUCAUGGCCAGAUAGUGCAGAUGGGCAAGUUGGAAGCUGUUCUUGGUGUAUUCAACAAGCUUAAUGCAUCCAAGACAAAUGACCAUGAAGGGUUCUAUCUUGUCCAGUGUAUGCUCUUGCAUAUGCCCAAGGAAGUCCUUAACAGUUAUUGGAAUCAGAUCUUUGCCAUUAUGUUUAGGCGCUUGACUUCAAGCAAAACCACAAAAUAUGUAAAAUCUCUCUUGGUAUUCUUUAGCUUGUUUGCCUGCCAACAUUCAGGAGCACGCCUCAUACAAAUUAUUGAUAGCCUCCAGGCAGGAAUGUUUAGCAUGGUUGUUGAAAGACUGAUUGUGCCUGACCUACAGAAGGUCUCUGGUGAAAUAGAGCGCAAGAUAUGUGCAGUUGGACUCAGUGGUUUGCUGGCAGAUCCUACUUUGUAUAAUGGUAAUUAUGCAGCACUUUGGGCCCCAUUACUAGAGGCAGUCGUGAAAUUAUUUGAAUGUCCUGAAGAUAGUUCAUUGCCUAAUGGGGAACAUUUUAUUGAAAUUGAAGACAUUCCAGCUUUCCAAGGUUCGUCAGCCAGACUGAUGCAUGCAGCUAGAAGUGAUAUAGACCCCCUAAAGGGACAAGUAGAAAAUCCUCCGGUUUUCUUAGCACAACAGCUCUCUCAGUUAUCGCAAGCUAACCCUGGCACUCUCCAAGGGCGCCUUGCACAGAUGAACACAGAGGUACAGGCACACAUCAUGAAGUAUUUACAAAUGGCAGGAUGCAGUCUGGCAUAAAGAGUUGAAAGCAUUUGUGAUUCUGUGA